AGAAUUGCGACACGUUUCAGCUGAUCCUCUGUUGUUGUUGUUGUUGUAGUGGUUUUGCAGCUGAUGAGUUGAAGACCGAGAGCAAGAGAGAGAGGGAGAGAUAAAGAGAGGAGUGAGAAGAAAAGCACGAGAGAGAGAGAGAGAGAGAGAAGCAAAUCUGUAUUCAUGUAAGGAGUUUUGACAAGAAGACAACAGCAGUGUAUGAUAAUGGAUGCAGGUCAGCGUUUUGACCCCGAGCUUCCUGACGAAACCAGAAGCACCAGCAACACAGGUAUCUCAAGUGUGAACCAACAUCCACCCUGCUUUCUAAACCUGCUGUUGGCGGUACAGCAGGUGUUUGUGCAGUGCUCUCUGCUGGUUCUGGUCCUCGGUGUGUUGCAGCAACAUCUACUGUUACAGGAUGGAGAGAGAGAGAGGUUACUGUCCUCCAUGUUGUUCUACUCCGCUCUCUCCACUCUGAUACAGAGCUGUCUGGGGACAUGCCUCCCUCUGGUCCAGGCUCCAUCUCUGGAAAUCCUGAUCCCGGCUGUAGUCCUCACUGCCCAGAUUGUUACUGAACCGGCCUGCAGAGGGCACUGUGGGGAGAGUGAGGAGGACAUCCUGCCCAGAGCCAACCCAGUAAGAGAGCUCCAGGGUAUGACUGUGAUAGUGGGCAUGGUCCAGCUGGUUCUGGGUGUGACGGGUCUGAGUGGUGUGGUUCUGAGACACUGUGGUCCGCUGGUCAUAGCCCCUCUGUUGUGUCUACUGGGCUUCUCCAUCUACAGAGAGGCUGCUCUGCUCUGCUCAGACCACUGGGCCAUCGCUGCACUGACAGUCAUCCUCCUAGUGCUCCUGUCCCAGCAUCUACGCUCCUACAUGCUCCCAGCAUGCCUCAGCAUGCCUCAGCUGCCUGUCUGCAGGAUGCUCUCUUUGCUGCUUCCCCUACUGAGUGUGUGGGCUCUGUGUGAAGUCUUGGAGAGUUUUGGGGUUUUACGUCUUCGUUCCGUCUCCGAGCUGCUGCCGGCACUGAAGACGAGCAACACAACCCUUCCCAAACCUUUACCGUCGGACCCCUUCAACGUGCCGUGGCUCAGUCCCCCUCUGGCAGCUGAGACAGGUCUCCCCCUGCUGUCAGUUCGAGGCAUGGCGGCUGGUGUCGUUGCAGCCCUCUCCUCCUCUGUCAGCUCCGUGGGGAUGUACCUGCUAACGGCCCGGCUCCUGGGAGUCCCCCCUCCCCCCGCUGCAGCCUGUAACAGAGGCCUUGGGUCCCAGGGUCUUGGCAGUGUGGUGGCUGGCCUGAUGGGGGCGCCACUGGGGCUCAGCAGCAGUGUCCCCAACACCUGUACUCUUGGACUCAGCCAGGUGUGA